CUAAAUAGUGAUAUAAAUGCACCUUUUUAGAAUCAUGUCAGUUCGAGGAUGUAUCGCGCGAAAACCGAAUACCGCGAUCACGAUUUUGCAAACACUGCUGCAGCAUAGCGAGGCCACCCUUGAUGUUGUUUUCUUCCUAUUUCGUGAAAAGGAGCCGCUUUUUGUGAAAGGUAACAACCAGGAAUCAGCAAUGCUAAACCUGCAUUUGUCAUCAAGCACCAAACUAACAAAAGCCUGUGCGUAGCUGGAGUGCAGUAUGGGUAUACAAGGAUUACUGCCGUUCCUGAAGGACGCAACCCACCGCGUCAAUGUCAGGAAGUACAGUGGCUACACCGUAGCGGUGGAUACCUACUGCUGGAUCCAUAGAGGAGCAUUUGGUUGUGCCAUGCAGCUUGCCAAAGGGGAGGAGACUGAUAUGUAUGUGCGCUACUGUUUGAAGUUUAUCAACAUGCUUCGAUCCAUGGACAUCAGGCCGAUUCUGGUAUUUGAUGGCAGUCACCUUCCAGCCAAGAAAUCGGUGGAAGAAAGCAGACGGGAGAGACGUGAGCUCUACAGUAAGAAGGGUAAACAGUUCCUGAGGGAAGGCAAAGUAUCGGAAGCCAGGGAUUGCUUCAGCAAGUGUAUCAACGUCACUCCUCGCAUGGCACUGGAGGUCAUUAAGGCAGCAAGAUCCCUGGGUGUGGACUGCAUAGUGGCUCCGUAUGAGGCAGACGCCCAACUUGCUUACUUAGCCAUCAGCGGUAUGGCACAGGCGGUCAUCACUGAAGACUCGGAUCUAGUGGCCUUUGGCUGCCCAAGGAUAAUCUACAAACUUGACUUGAACGGGAACGGUCUCGAGAUCGUGUCGUCCAGGUUGAACCAAGCCAUGAAGAUUGGAGAUAGAUUCUCAUUGGACAAGUUCCGCUACAUGUGCAUAGCAUCCGGCUGCGACUACCUGGCCUCUCUGCCCGGGAUAGGAUUGGGAAAGGCUAAGAAACUCUUCCAGAAUGCGACGAAUCCAGAUAUCACUCAUGUUCUCAAGCGACUACCCAUCCAUCUGAAGAUGAAAGUAACAGUCCCUCCUGAGUACAUCGAAGGUUUCCUCCGCGCCAAUAAUACCUUCCUUUAUCAGUUGGCCUUUGACCCUGUCAAGCGGCGACUGGUACCCGUGCAUCCUUACAGUGCCGAGUUGGACAAAGAAUCAUUGACUUAUGCUGGGCCCUACUGUUCAUCUGAACUUGCUCUGCAGCAAGCGCUGGGUAACAUCGACCCCAACACAAAGAACAAGAUUUUUGAUUUCCAACCUGAACGGAAUAAGCCUUACGACAAGUCUAAUCCCAGACACAGGCUCAGCAUUUGGCACAAGGACUACCGCCCGGGACCGGACUUUUCCGAGGGUGACCCGGCUGAAGUGCAACGACCCAAGACCCAAGGGAAGGAGGUCACGCUGAUGGUCAAUGGUCUGAAGCUGGACGGUCAGCAGAGAAAGCGUCCCAGACCAGAUGCAGAUGAAGAUGACCCAAGCAAUGAGGAUCUGACAUCCCUUUACGGAUCUCCCAAAUCCAAGAGACAUCUUGCAGACCCAAAUCUUGUGGUGCCGGAAACGCCCGAAGAUGAAGACAAGGUACCAGGGAAAACUGGUCCCCGUAAUCGGAAUCCCUUCUCGAAAGAAGGCAGGUUGAGGGACAGCCCUCCAAAGUCGGCGGUUGGGUUUGGUUCUGAGGAACGCGUCGUCAAGACUCUCUCCAGGAGGAACAUUUUUGCGAAGGGUCGGACGGGUGGCAGUUCUAGACUGGACCUCUUGAAGUCAAGUACAGUUGUUACGAGCAGAUUUUUUGCAACAGAACCAAACCCAGUACUACAUGAGAUGGCUCAAGCUGAUGAAAGUGACCCAGAGCGAGAUUGUAAGCUUCUUGAUAGUCAAGCACCGUCUGUAACAGACACCAGUGAAAAUGAAACAAAUGAAGACGAUGGAACUUCUGGUGCAGAGACUAUGCAAAAUGGCAAUGUACAGAUAGAGAAAGGGUCCAAGGCAUCAACUUUGAACAAGCUGCAACGUUUCCAGAGAGCGACGUCUGCACCAGUCUUGCCGUUUACUUGCAGUGCACCAACACUGUCUUCUGAAGAAACCGCAAAGGAACCACAUCUGUCAGGAUCUCAAGAUUUCUUCACUAAGUCGCAGGAGUUGGAUGUAGAAUCUCAUCAGGUCGGCUCUCAGGAAAGCUCUCAAACGUCAGUGAAGGCUUUCACUAAGAAGGGAGUCUUCAGUUGGUCUAGGAAAACAACGUCUGUCACCAGUUUGAAAGAAGGUGGGAGGGCGAGGUCAUUCAGGAGUCUGAAGGAAUUCAAGAGACAGACAGUUACAGCGAAGCUGGAACGUAGCGACUCCAAGGGUCAGGAAGGUGCUACUGACUUUGACUCGUCCCAGGAGGGUUGGUCGCAGGAGAGCUGCUCCGUAAGCUUGGAAUCUCAGCAGAGCAAUCUGUGCAGCAUUGAUACAGACUCGCUCAGUCUCAGUCAGUUCAGCAGCCAGCCUCACAACAACUCUAAGACUUGCGGGAUGGGAGAGACAAACUCUUCACAAAUCAACUCAUUUCAAAGCCAAGAUCAAGAUGAUGUUGUGGAAGAGACACUUGGACCAAGAGAAAGUGAAGAACCAAACAACAAUUGCAGCCCAUUGAGAGGCAUAGAGGAACAUCUUAUGAGGAUCAAUAACGGACAAUCUCAUGAGGAAGUUCUCCCAAAUCAAACAUCUGACUCAGACAAAGAUAUUGACAUUCUGGACAGUGUUAUGGAUGUAGACUCUGAUUCUCAAGACCCAAAAGUUCAACACAGAGGGACUGUAGAUCCAUCUAAACUGUCGGAACCCACCUCCAAAAUUGGGGCUAAAAGAGGAAAAAUGGCAUCAUCCUUGGAUGAGAAGGAAGAGUUUAUUGACCUGACCUCAGAGAGCGAUGAGAAUACACCUCCACUGGAAAAAACGAAGAGGAACACUUCCACAGGAAAGAUGAAAAAGAUGAAGAGCAACUCUGACUUGGAGGACACACCAACCCUACCUGUCUUCCCUAAGCUUCCAGGUUCAACCAAACUGAAUGGUCAGUGCAAGGCCUCAGGUCUGUCCAGACGUCAGAAGAGUAAGCAAACUCCCAAGGCAGAUGAGAAUAGAGGCGGUGGUACCAGACAACAGACGCUAUUUGCCUUCAUGAAGAAAAGCAGUGAGCGAAGGAAAGACGCCAACCCCACGGCUCCCCUGUCACCGUCCAAACAGAACAUCAUAUGUGAUGAAACGCCCGAGGGGGAUAGCAGUCUAUGUAGCAAGGGCAUCGUACGAUUGCAACGAAACAUCUUCAAAUGAAAGUCACGGGUCUUGAAAAGCAGAGGAAGAAACUAGCCACCAAAAAAAUGCCCCAACAAUGUAAACUUUGACCAUCAAUUUUGAGCUGUCGCAAUUACGGUACAAAAUUUGACUGAGCAGCACCGUUUUUGUUCAGAUAAAUAAAGUAAAUGUUUGGUAGA